AUGUCCCUCAAGAGACAGUUCCUCACCGUAUCCCAAUCCAUGGCACAGCAAAGGAGCCCAAACGAGCCAAAAAGCGUUACUGUCACGAUUUACAGUGAGAAGAAGCUGCGCUGGCUCCGCAUGGAAGGGCGGAGGGGGCUAAAGAGACCCUCAGACAGUGACACCGGGACAUUCAGCCCCGGCUCUGCGGGGAGCCCCUGGCCCGGCCCGGCCCGGCUCCUCGGCCCCGGCUCCGCGCAGUUCCCGGCUCUGCUCCCCGGCUCCACGCAGCUCCCUGCUCGGCUGAGCUCGGCUCAGCUAGGCUCGGCUCGGCUCCCCGGCUCCACGCAGCUCCCUGCUCGGCUGAGCUCGGCUCAGCUAGGCUCGGCUCGGCUCCCCGGCUCCACGCAGCUCCCUGCUCGGCUGAGCUCGGCUCAGCUAGGCUCGGCUCGGCUCCCCGGCUCCACGCAGCUCCCUGCUCGGCUGAGCUCGGCUCAGCUAGGCUCGGCUCGGCUCCCCGGCUCCACGCAGCUCCCUGCUCGGCUGAGCUCGGCUCAGCUAGGCUCGGCUCGGCUCCCCGGCUCCACGCAGCUCCCUGCUCGGCUGAGCUCGGCUCAGCUAGGCUCGGCUCGGCUCCCCGGCUCCACGCAGCUCCCUGCUCGGCUGAGCUCGGCUCAGCUAGGCUCGGCUCGGCUCCCCGGCUCCACGCAGCUCCCUGCUCGGCUGAGCUCGGCUCAGCUAGGCUCGGCUCGGCUCCCCGGCUCCACGCAGCUCCCUGCUCGGCUGAGCUCGGCUCAGCUAGGCUCGGCUCGGCUCCCCGGCUCCACGCAGCUCCCUGCUCGGCUGAGCUCGGCUCAGCUAGGCUCGGCUCGGCUCCCCGGCUCCACGCAGCUCCCUGCUCGGCUGAGCUCGGCUCAGCUAGGCUCGGCUCGGCUCCCCGGCUCCACGCAGCUCCCUGCUCGGCUGAGCUCGGCUCAGCUAGGCUCGGCUCGGCUCCCCGGCUCCACGCAGCUCCCUGCUCGGCUGAGCUCGGCUCAGCUAGGCUCGGCUCUGCUCCCCGGCUCGCCCCUGGUCCGGCCCGGCCCGGCUCCUCGGCCCCGGCUCCGCGCAGUUCCCGGCUCUGCUCCCCGGCUCCACGCAGCUCCCUGCUCGGCUGAGCUCGGCUCAGCUAGGCUCGGCUCGGCUCCCCUCUCCAGGCGGCGUGGCCGAGCGGGGGGAUGA